UCAUCCCCUCUUUCCCAUUGUGUAGUGGUAAAAUCCUCCGCCGCCACACUCAUUUUGUGGCCUAGCCUCUGUUUUGGGCCUUUUGGCUAAGUUCCUUUUGUUGUUUUCUCUUUGUUUCUGUGAAUGUACAUUUAUGUACUCACUAGAAAAAGAAAAAAAAAAGAACUAACUAGUCCACAGUUUUUGAGGAAUUUAGGAAUUACAACUACCGAAAACACCUUCCCUUCCAAGACCACUCUCUGGAACUCAGAAUCUCCAACACUUGUCCCCCAACAUACACAAGGUUCCGUGGAGAGAACAUUCUAGAAGGAAGAAAAAGAAAAAAGGAAAGCUUUAGACAGAUAGUUAAAAAAAGCAUGGAGGGCAUGGCAGAGGAAACGCCAUUGGCAGAGCAGCUGGUACUCUCACUAGAGCAAGCGACAAACAUGGCCAAACAGCUCCAACACACCACCACUGACCCAACCCACCUCCUUCAAAUCUACACCUCCCUGCACCAAGCCCACCAACACCUCUCCACCUUCCUCUCCAAAACCCAGUUUCCUCCCCAGCCUCCCGCCGCCGAAAACUCCUUCUCCUCCGCCACCGGUGCCGUCGCCGGCGACGAAAACGACACCAAUCCGAUGCAAAUCAUGGACAGUGACGAUGCGGUGGAAGAAGCUGAAGAGAAUUCGAAGGGCAUAGUUGAGAGGGUUGAGGAGAAGAUGAGGAACUGCUUUAUCAAGAAUAAGCGGCCCAAGCGGCGGCUAUCGCCUUCGGCGGUGGCAGUGGCGGAGGAGAGGAGGCUGUAUGAUGAUGGGUAUGGUGGGGGAGUGAAGGGGUUUGAUCCUCGUGCGACGAGGUUGAGGGCUUUGGACCUUGUCUACCAGUUUCAUGGCUGAGGGAGCAGAGGAAGUCGAAGAAACAGAGCAAAACAGAGUGGUUCUCGGUUGCCUUGUGAUGAAGAGCUUAGAUAAUAUAUUUUGUUCUUUUUUUUCCUCCACUUUGGUUUAUUAUUAUGCGGCAGGAUAUAGAUUUUGAAGGAAUAAAAAUGGAGAAGAAAAAGAA